AUGAAAACCUCCACGCUCCAAUAUACGAUGCCAGCUGGCCUACACGCCAUUCCCCUGACACAGCUCGACCUCCGACCAGACUCUGAGAUUGAUGAGCAUCUCUUGAACCCUCCCCAGGUUUCAUCUGAGAAGAAUGUCUGGUUCUACUGGCACGCAGGUUACGGCAAUCUGUAUCCCUACGCGAAGCGUAACAUUCGCACUUGGCACCGACGUCUCGCACCUCUAGGAUGGACUGUGCGAGUUGUCGACGUCUGCGAAUCGCCACGCGGUGCAGGCCAUAUCUCGAACUUCCUCGAUACCUCCGACCGAAGUCUCUUCCCCCACGCCUUCUACAAGGACACCAUUGAUGGGGAGUUCAGAGGCCAGCUUACAUCUGACUUGACGCGAUUCCCUCUGCUUCUCGUACAUGGUGGUAUCUAUGCGGAUGUAUCAUACCUGCAGAUCGGCGACGUAGACGCGCUUUGGAACACUACGGUCAUGAACCCAAAUUACCCAUUGACUUCUUGUGUUACAACUUCGGUGGGCCCGACGAACCGUCCAGGUAAUCUGUUCUUAGAACGUUGUAAUCAACUACUCUUGGAACUGUGGGCCUCGGACGGUGGGCGUACAAACUCCCAUGGUCUGCUCAGGCAUCCUUUGAUGAGAGAAGCACCUGAGCUUCGCCUACCAAAAGGUCCUGGGCUGGAAAUUAUGGACGGGAUGGGCAAGUUCGAGGAAUUGCGAGAAAAACUGAGUGACUAUGGGAUUCAAAUGCUUGUCAUGUCACUGGUCAUCGGGCUCGUCGACCCAGAAACCAAUUGGGAUGGGCCUGGAUAUGCACACAAACAAAUGUUCGCCAUGGAUUUCAGCGAGGACACAGCACUGAUCGAGAUCAUGACUGGAUUCGACGGGCCCAAGGCUUUCCGUCUUAUGUCACUGCCGCUACCGAAAGAGGGGGAGUCGGAGAGUCCUGACCAAGUCGAGGCGAGGACAUUGGUUGAGAAUGUCCUGAGACGCAGUUUCGCGGUGAAGAUGGCUCAUGGACCAUUCCAGAAUAUCAUUGGCAAAACACUGGGCAUAUUAUGGAAGGAGAAUACUGGCAGUGAUGAUGUGCUGGGGACGUAUGCCCAUUGGUUGCGACAUGGUAUGUUGUACUGGACGCAGGAUACCCUGCCGACAGCACCUGAUUACGGGCUGAGGAAGCCUUUCAAGACGGGACCUUUGUUGGGGGUGACUGGAGAGGAACUGAAUUCUGCGCCGCACAGCGUCAUGGACUCUCCCCAUACGAGGGUUGAUGCUGAGUCAGUCCUCGUUUAG